AAAUCAAACGCUUUCCCAACCAACGAAUUACCGAAUUUCCUGUAAAAAUUUCAAGCCUUAUCUCAUAGCAUAAGCAGAGCCCCAAGUUACACCCACGUUCAGUGAGUGACAUUCCUCCGUUUCAAAGUUUUCCAACCGCAUUCCCAAUGGAUCCUCAAGCUCCGGCGACGGGCACCACCGUUCGGAGCGCCGCGGAACCAUCUCAACCUCAGCCACCAAAACCAUCCCCUCCUCUCCCUCUCCCUCCACCUUCCACAUCAUCAACCCCUCCACACCCUCCCCCAAUCGCUAACCCUAACCCUAACCCUAGCCCAGGCCCAGGCCCAGGCCCGGGCCCAAUUCAAGCCCCGAGCCCCAAACCCCCCACUCCCACUCCCACGCCUCCCCAACCCCGCCCUCCCCAGCCCUUCAACCGCGCUUUACCACCUCCGUCGCAGCCUCAGUUCCCGCACUUCUCCUCCCCCUCUCCGCCGUCCUCAGCUCCCAGCGCCGCCCCGCCUCCGCGGGGUGGUAUGGCGAUCGGUGUGCCCGCGCACCACCAGAGCCCCUCCCCUCCGUUUUCGUCCUCCUUCGGUCAACAUUUUGGAGGGCUGGGCCGCACCGCAGUCAACGUCGCUGAAUCUACAUCCAAUUCAAGCACUUCUCAAGUGAGAACGCCGGUGCAAGGAAUGGGGAUGUUAGGGUCUCAAAUGAGGCCAAGUGGAAUCGGUUCACAUCAACAGAGGUCUGUGCAAUCGUCACUUAGACCUCCAACCUCUGCCCCGAAUAAUCAACCCGCUGGUUCACAAAGCUUCCAAGGGCAUGGACUUAUGAGACCCUCAUCAGUGGGAUCAACGGCUACUCCAUCUCCGAGUUCAUCACAAAGCAUGCAGUCACUUAAUCAGCCAUGGUUGUCAUCUGGGUCACAAGGGAAGCCUCCUUUGCCAUCCGCAGCUUAUAGGCAGCAAUUGAACCCACAAUCCAUGCAGCAAAGGUCACAUAUUCCUCCGAUGCAGCAAUCCACACCAACAUCCUCGCAGCAGCAGCAACAACAACCUUUGCUGUCUAAUCAAUCACAGGAGCAUUUCGGGCAACAAGUUCCGCCAUCCAGGGCUCCUCUACACGUGCCUCAUCAGCCACAGGUUACGAGGUUACAGGGGCCAGGAAAUCAGAAACCUUCAUCUCUUGUGGCGGCACAAUCUAGUGCAGCGCAGCCAGGGACUCAAAGUAGAUUAACAAACUCAGAUACCGAUGAAUCUUCUAAUAGUAUUCUCAGCAAAAGAAGUAUCCAUGAGCUAGUCAAUCAGGUUGAUCCACUGGAGAAGUUGGAGCCUGAAGUUGCAGACAUUCUUGUAGAUAUUGCAGAAAAUUUUCUAGAGUCUAUAACCAGGUCUGGUUGUUCACUAGCCAAGCAUCGGAAAUCAACAACUUUAGAAUCAAAGGACAUACUGCUCCAUCUUGAGAAAAAUUGGAAUAUGACUCUUCCUGGGUUUGGUGGUGAUGAGAUUAAAAGCUACAGAAGACCGAUUACAAGUGAUAUUCACAAGGAGCGUCUAGCAGUUAUAAAGAAAUCAAUGGCUGCAACUGAGGCAGCACAUGGGAAGGGCUCUGCUGGCCAGGCAUCUGGUAGUGCAAAGGGUAAUCAAGGGAAGACACCUUUGAAUAUCAUUGGCUCGCCAAACCUAAAAAAUUCAUAGGAUGCAUGCCGUGUUUAUGGUUUACACGGCAAUGGAGGAACCACUUUGGUGGAGGGAGAUCAUCGGUCUUUUUGGGCUGUUUUCCGAGCAUUCCAUGUACUGGAGAAAGAGUCUGAAUUUAGAAGCGUUGCCGAAAACAAGAUGAGGGGAAUCAAGAUUGAUAUGAAUCGUCUUGCAACUGAAAACCGUAAAUAAAGAAAGAAAAAUGAUUUGGCUUCAUCAAAUGUUUUUGUACUGACAAUAUUAAGAAAGUCAUUGGUUGGGUAGGCUGGGUCAUUUAUUGUUAUGAUCGACUUUCUAAUUUAGAUGCAAAUAGAAUUCUGAAAUAUAUAUGCAAUUACUUUUCCUGAAAUACUUUACAAAAA